AACGAUCAAAAGUCACCGAAACACCUGCUCUUAAAAUCACAAAUCACGGGCCAGAGUUCUGGCCUGAAAAACUGACUAAGAGCAAAAUUGAAGAGGAAAAGAAUCUCAACAUGGCAUCCAGAGAUGAUACCAAGACGUAUUUGUCAAAACGGGAAAUUCCGCAGUUAUUUGAGAGUCUUAUGACUGGACUGAUGUACCAUAAGCCAGGCGACCAUGUAGAUUAUAUGCUGGAAUGCCUGACCAAGAUUAAAGGCACACAGCAAGGUGAUGGAGUUCGCUGGAAUACAUUUGUUGAUGAGGUCAAAGGUCAGGCUCCCUUGCCACCCAUUAAUACAACCCAAGCUGCUCCAGCGUUGGAACGUGAACCUACAUUCACUACAGAAGUACCAUUAGGAAUGAAGCGUUCCAGUCCACUGCCUCCAAUUGCUACGUCACCAUCGGUAACCACUGUCAAACAGUUCCCUUUCCCUAACAUCAGGUUCAUCUUUGUUCUUGGUGGCCCAGGUAGCAGUAAGAGGGAGCACUGUCACAGACUGGCCGACAGGUAUAAGGGAUACCUACACAUUUCUGUUGGUAACUUACUGCGACGCAAGUUUAGGAAGUACCCCCAAGAUGAUAAGUGGAAAAUGCUGGCUGAUGUUGUGUCGAGUGGGCAACUUAUCCCCCAUGAAAUGGCGCUUGACUUGGUGCAGAAAAAGAUCGAGAGUAAAGCAGCCAAGCAACCAGACAUCCUGGGAUUUAUCAUAGAGGGGUUCCCCCGGAGUGUGGAACAAGUGCAAGCAUUUGAGAAACAAUUUGGUUCGGCAGACGUUGCCUUGUUCUUGAUGUGUGAUGAGAUGAGACUAAAGAACCGUCUUGAGAAACGGAUGAAAGAAAGUGACCGAGCUGACGACACUGAUGCUGCUAUCUCCAACAGGUUGUCCAACUUUAAGGAAGGUGCAGUGUCAGUUACUCAACACUUUGAGAACAAGGGACUUUUAGAAACGGUCAACUGUGAUCGUGAUGUUGAUGAAGUUUUCUACGAUAUCUCUAAACUAAUUGAUUCACGUUUCUUCACCCCACACCCUGAAGCUGCAAAAGACAGUGUUGAACUUGGAAUAAUUGGUAAAUCAGUAAGUCCACUCCCACCAAUCCAGACAGACAUAAAUACUGAGCCAAGCAUUGUGGAUAAGACAGAAGCAGAGAAAGAAGCACUUGGUGCUGAGGCAUUGGCGAUGAUGGAUGAACAGAACAAGGCUGAAGAAGAAGCCAAGACAGAGGAACCUCCAAAGGAAGACGUAGAUUCCCAAGAUCAACCAGCCACAAAGGAGGAUGAAGAAGUUAAACCAGAAGUUGUUGAAGAACCGGUCAUGAAAGAGAAAGCAGAAGUAUGUGGAGACAAAGGACGAGAUUUGGAACUAGACCAACCAGCUGUUGUUGAAGAGCCAGUGACCAAAGUUGAAUCUGAAGUAUUGGGUGACAAGGGAGUUCCAGUAAUCGAUGAAACAGCAGAUGCAGCUGAACCAGAAAAAGAAUCAGCAGAAAAUGUGCAACUCAACGACACUGCAGCUGACAAGCUCAAACAGUGCAAGAUCAUUUUUGUUGUUGGCGGACCAGGCUCCGGCAAAGGUACACAGUGUGAAAAACUUGUCGCCACCUACGGCUUUACGCAUUUGUCAUCUGGUGACCUCUUGAGGGCAGAGGUCAAAUCAGGGUCAGAGAGAGGUCAGAAGCUAACAGCCAUCAUGGAAAAUGGGGACCUCGUACCACAGGAGACUGUUCUUGAGUUGCUGAAGGAGAACAUGUUAGCCAAAGCAGAGACUUCAACUGGGUUCCUUAUUGAUGGCUACCCUAGGGAGGUCCAGCAAGGAGUAGAAUUUGAAAAACAGAUUGCUGAGUGCACAUGUGCCUUGUAUUUUGAACUGUCUGAUGAGAUAAUGACACAAAGGUUAUUGAAACGAGCUGAGACAAGCGGUCGAGUAGACGACAAUGAAGAGACCAUCAAGAAGAGAUUGACGACUUUCCACAAUGCUACAAAGCCUGUUGUCGAUUACUACGAAGAAAAGAACAAGAUUAUUAAGAUUUCAGCUGAGGGUGAUCCAGACAGUAUAUUCACAGCAGUGCAGAAUGCCUUAAAGGAGCGUGGUGUGGAGGCAAAAACCAUAGAGAAAGAGGCAGAACCCACAGAGAAAGAGGCAGAACCCACAGAGAAAGAGGCAGAACCCACACAGAAGGAGGCAGAACCCAAGGAGAAGGAAACAGAAGAGAAACAACAACGAUUUAUUUUUGUUGUCGGUGGCCCUGGCUCUGGAAAGAAAGAAGUAGCAAAGAAGAUAGCUGCCCAAUACAAACUUGUACACCUCUCGGCUGGUGAGCUCUUGAGAUCCUUUUCCGAGCUUGAGGCCCAGGAGAGCAAAGAUGUUGCCAAGCUCAUCCUGGCAGGUAGUCUUGUGCCUCAAGAGGUUAUAUUGAAAGUGAUGCAAGACGAGGUGAAGAAGAACUCUGAGGCUGAUGGGUUUGUGGUCGACGGGUUUCCAAGGACAGUUGAGCAGGCUGAGUCGUUUGUUAGCGAGUUUGGAUACAUUGAGGGUGCUCUAUUCCUUGAAGGAACGCGUGAAGAGCUUAUUACCAACGUCACAUCGAGAGCAGAGACAAGUGGACGAUCUGAUGACAGUUUGGAUGUCAGUAAUGCCAAGUUAGAUGCUCAUGAGGCUAGUGCACCCUCUGUUCUUGAGCAUUUUGAAAAAUUGAAGAAAGCAGUCAAGAAAGAGCUCUCCUUUAAGGAUUUUGUAGACGAUGUUAACGCCCUCACUGAAGUCUUAGAUGCUUUCAAGAUGUCAGACAAGUAGUCAAGACGGACCAGUGUUUCUCUGGAGAAAUAUAUUUCAACUCUUGGCUUAACUGGGUCACAUAAGAUUUCUGUUCUGUUAACACUUCACGAUAUCAAUGGAUCCGUUUUCUUUUUAAAAAUAAAAAUGGAUGUAAAAUGGAUGCAGACCAGUGUUUCGUUGCUGAUCAUGAUGAAAAUAGUUGCGAUUAUGUUCCACUUAAUUUUUCUUCGUACUCCUUUGAAAGUCGAGUCUUCCAUAACUUGAAAUAGUGGCUGAAUUUGAAGGGUUAUUUUUGAAGGGAGAAAAGACUCUCAGUCUGUGGAGUUUGUUUCAUUGGAAAUAAAAUGUUUUUUUAUCGAUAUAUUUCGCAAGGUCACACUAAUCGGUGACUAGUAAACAACGAUUAGACAUCAGUGCAAAACAAUGAGCAAUUUUAAUGGUUUGUAAAUAUAUUUUAAAAGACAAUGAAAAAGCAAACUGAUGUUUAGUGCCUAGUUUUCCCAAUGCAAUAACAUUGGAUUUUUUAGAAACUGAUAGUGGUAUAUCCGUCCAUCCAUUUAUCAGCCCAGAAGGUUUGAUGACGUCAAUGCAAACACAUGAUGUAGGUCGGGUCUGAAUUGAUGGCUUCAGCAGUAGCUAUGGUUUCAUAACGGAAAAGGCAAAUUCUUCUCUAUUGUCACAAGCCAUAGCCAGAGUCGCUUGAUCAGACUAAGAAUAAGACUUUAAAAAUCUCCUGUAAACACCUAGCUCGAUCCAGAUAACUUGCAAAUUGCUAGUAAACGUGUGUGUUUAAUCAAAAUAAGCUUAAGUCGCACAAAUAAGUACAUUUUAUCUAUAAAAAAAACCCUUAAGUCCUUAAAUCU